AUGCUUUCCGUUAUCUCUGUGGCCCUGCGCGCCGGCGCCAGGCGAGCCAGCCCGCGAACCGCCGUUGCUGCUGCUGCCGCUUCCUCGACCAAGAUCCGAUGCCCCAACCUCACAACCUACCGCGCCCUCUCCCAGUCCCGCGCCGUCGCCGGCCCCCCGGCCCGCGAUCGCACCCGCGACCGCACCCGCGAAAUCGUCGCCCAGACCGUCUCCAGCAUCGGCUCCAAGCGCGAGGGCCAGCAGUACCUCAAGCUCUUCACCUCGGUCUCGUCCCAAAAGUUUGCCGUCAUCAAGGUCGGUGGCGCCAUCCUCACCGAGUACCUCGACGAGCUCUGCCGCUCCAUGCUCUUCCUCUACGAGCUCGGCCUCUACCCCGUCAUCGUCCACGGCGCCGGACCCCAGCUCAACCGCCUGCUCGAGGAGGCCGGCGUCGAGCCCCAGUUUGAGGAGGGCAUCCGCGUCACCGACGCCAAGACGCUCGGUGUCGCCCGCAAGCUCUUCCUCGAGGAGAACCUCAAGCUCAUUGACCGUCUUGAUGAGCUCGGCGUCGCCACCCGCUCCAUCUCGGGCGUCUUCAUGGCCGACUACCUCGACAAGGAGAAGUGGCAGUAUGUUGGCAAGAUUACAAAGAUCAACAAGCAGGCUAUUGAAAACUCUAUUGAGGCUGGCUAUAUCCCUGUACUUACCUCCAUGGCCGAGUCGGACGACGGCCGUCUGCUCAACGUUAAUGCCGAUGUCGCUGCUGCUGAGCUUGCCCGAGCCCUCGAGCCCCUCAAGGUCGUCUACCUCUCCGAGAAGGGCGGUCUCUUUGACGGCGAGGGCGACAAGAUUUCCCACAUCAACCUCGACGAGGAGUUUGACCAGCUCAUGUCCCAGCCGUGGUGCCGCUACGGCACCCGUCUCAAGAUCAAGGAGAUCAAGGACUUGCUCGACACCCUCCCCCGCACCUCCAGUGUCGCCAUUAUUCACCCCAGCGACCUGCAAAAAGAGCUCUUCACCGACUCUGGCGCCGGAACCCUGAUUCGUCGCGGUGACAAGAUUCAAAAGGUCAGCUCCGUUUCCGAAUUUGAGGACAUUGAUAAAAUCAAGGCCACUCUUAUCCGGGACCGCGAAGGCCUAGACUCUGAGGCCACUGUCGACCGCUUCGUCGACUUCCUCAAGGAGAAUCCCUUCAAGGCAUACUUUGACGACGCUCUGCAGUGCCUCGCCAUUGUCGUUCCUGCCGGCGAAGGCCGCACCCUGCCUACCCUCGCCACGCUCAACAUCACUAAGUCGGGCUGGCUUACCAACGUCGCCGAGAACGUCUUUGCCGCCGUCAAGAAGGACUACCCGCAACUGGUCUGGACCGUCAGCGAAAACGACGAAAACCUGACCUGGUUCUUCGAAAAGGCGGACGGUAGCUUCAGCCACAACGGUAGUGUGCUCUUCUACUACGGCUGUGACCUCCGUUCCUCGGCCCUGUCCCCCGUCUACGACGAGUUUGUCUCUCACGGCCGCGCCAUGCUCGGCGACACCAAUCUCGAGUCCCGCUUGCGUCGCGCCGCCCAGACGGCCAGCGAGAACCUGAACCGCUCCCACGUCGCCCAGCAAGCGCGCGGCUUCUCCACGUCCCGCGUCAUCGGUCCCCGAACCCCUAGCAUGUCGCCCAUGCAGCAGCAGCGCCGCGGCUACACGACCAACACCAACCCUAACCCUCCUCUAGGCAAGAAGAACGCCACAAACUCUGUCCCGGCGCGCGUCGCCCUCAUCGGUGCCCGUGGCUACACUGGCCAGGCCCUCAUCGACCUCCUCAACGCCCACCCCAACAUGGACCUCCGCCAUGUUUCGUCUAGAGAACUGGCUGGUCAGGAGCUGCAGGGAUACGACAAGCGCAAGAUUAUCUAUGAGAAUCUCUCAGCCGAGGACUGCAGUAAGCUGGAGAAGGAGGGCAAGAUUGACUGCUGGGUCAUGGCACUUCCCAACGGCGUCUGCAAGCCUUUUGUCGACGCCAUUGACGCCGCGGCCAACGGCAGGUCGGCCCACGAGAAGAGCGUCAUUGUCGACCUGUCGGCCGAUUACCGCUUCGAUAGCAAGUGGACUUAUGGUCUGCCGGAGCUGGUGCGCCGUUCGGAGAUUUCGCAGGCCAAGCGCAUCGCCAACCCUGGCUGCUACGCCACAGCGGGCCAGGUCGGCAUCUCGCCCAUCUUGGAGCACCUGGGCGGGCAGCCCACCCUGUUUGGCGUCUCGGGCUAUUCCGGCGCGGGCACAAAGCCGAGCCCCAAGAACGAUAUCAACGAGCUCCGUGACAACCUGAUGCCGUACAGUCUGACGGGCCACGUCCACGAGCGCGAGAUGAGCAGCCAGUUAGGCACACCCGUGUCGUUUAUCCCCCACGUCGCCUCGUGGUUCCGUGGCAUCCACCACACCAUCAACAUUCCCCUCAACAAGACCAUGACGUCGCGCGACAUUCGCCAGAUUUACCAGGAUCGGUAUGCCGGUGAGAAGUUGAUCAAGGUGGUGGGAGAGGCGCCCCUGGUGCGCAACAUCAUGAACAAGCAUGGUGUAGAAGUGGGUGGCUUUGCCGUGGACAGCACCGGCAAGCGUGUUGUUGUGUGCGCGAGCAUUGACAACCUCCUCAAGGGUGCUGCCACACAGUGUCUGCAAAACAUGAACCUGGCUCUCGGCUAUGCCGAGUUUGAAGGCAUCCCCACCAUGUAA